AUCCUGCCACCUCAUCAGCUGUUGUCAGACACACCUGGGUCUGAGAAGUAGGCCUUAUAUCACAUAUUUUUAUUAAUUCGAGCUCAAAACAAAGCCUGGUUUAACAUAAAACAAUAUGUCUGCACAAAUAUUUGCACGUGUAUAAAGUUGGUCUGGUGCUGUAGAACAUUGUCGGUCACGUGACAUUUUAUCAGGAAGUUACAUUUAGCGCUUUUUGAUUUUUAAGUUUUAUAUUAGUGGAUGCUUGCUUGUAUGAACACCCCGAGUUAACUGUUUGUGGUUGUAUGAUGAAUACAUGAUGAUGAAUACAACCAACAAAAUAAAAAAUGUAAUGUCGCGCAUUGAUUUAUGAUGAACCUUUGCUGAUUAUGACUCAUACUGCCGUAUCCACGACAACGGAUGUAAAAAAGAAACAAACAUGGCAUGAAAUUAUUCUGCAAAGGGUUUCUUUUUUUACAUAAAAAUGAAUGAUAAUUUUACAAUGACAAACACACGCUCCAAACCAGGACUUGGAUUAGUUGAAGGUGGAGAAUCUGAUAAAGGACUGGCAAGUGUCUCUCAGAGAGGAAUGGAUGACACGGGAGAGUCGAUGAUGAUGACUCCUGAGGAAAAACUUACCCAGUAUGAUAGCAGGGCCCAAGCCUUUGCAGACACUCAACAGUUUGAUGCUUGUAUCCAGGACCUUGUCCGCUGUGUGGCUCUUACAAGACUGGUGUAUGGAGAUGGGCAACUGAAACUAGCCCAAGCCCAUGUCAGACUGGCUAAAGCAUACCUACAGUUUAAAGGCUGGGCAGUGCAGGCCCAGGAGCACUCAGCCAGAGCCAGUGAACUGCUCCCCUUCUGCACCCCCAACUCCACCAGCCGGGAGGACAGGGUCCACAUUCUCACCUGUCUCCUCAACAUAUACCUAACACAGGGAGGCGCCACUCUGCUGCUGGCAAAAUAUCCUUUACCCACAUUGUUUCUGUGAUAAAUAAAAUUUCAUCGGUGAAUACAA